CCCCUCCCCACCAAAAAUUGUCCAACAGGGGGGCUAACAUUUGGCGGGAAUUUCGCAGGUCCUGCAACAGUCUGAGCUAGACACUGAUUGCAUCCGGGGUGGAGCGCCAUCAGCCGAGAUAGUGAUUGGCCCCGAUCAAUUUUGAUCGAUCAGCGGUGGAAGAUAUCUGUCCGCAACAUGCUCGAGCAAAAAAGACCGUGCUUCGGAUCGUCGCUUUUUCAGAGAUCCGCCACCUCGCAUGGGCGCCCCGACCCCGAUACCCGACCUUCCACCCGAGCUGCUAUACCAGAUCUUCUGCACGGCCGUGCUCGACUCGGACAGCCUGGACAUCACAUGGAACCCCCACCGCCUCAAAGCGCACCGCACCAAGAGCUCGGUGUCCCCGUGGACGAUCGCAGGCGUUAGCUCGACUUGGCGCGCCGCAGCGCUGUCGUGCCCACAUAUCUGGGCCCGCGUCGUGCUCGUCAUCGGGCCGGCUGACGCGCACUGCGAGGCGAGGGUGGACGAGCAACUGCGCCGUGCGGGGUUGCAGGAACUUGAGGUGUUCUGCUGGGGCGACAAUCUCGAUGCAGCAGGUGCGUAUGCGCCGGAGCCGCCGGAGCUCGUGUUGCCCGCGUCGCUACUUGCUGCGUCUGGCCGUUGGCGCGCUCUGCACUUGCGUUUGGUGGAUUUUCGGCAUGCGGCGUGGACGGUGCGGCAGACAAUAUCCGUCGACAACGGUCUCGGGGCGCUCGAGCGAUUGUCCAUCGUCGGUGAUCCGGACGACGAUUUGGGGGAUGUGUUUGGGCUGGGGGAGGUCGUGCCAAGGUUGCGGGAGGUCGAGUUGGUUGGGGUGGCGGGCAGGGGUUCGCCCUCUGCGCUCCUACCUUGGUCUCAGCUGACGCACUUCCGUGGCGUGUACCCCCUGCCCAAGCUGCUCGACAUCCUCCGCUUGACGUCGAAUCUGCGGUCGUCUGAGAUGGGUAUCCGGCCGUCGUUCGCGACGUCGUACCAAUUUUGCGAUCCGGUUGGCCCGCUAAUCGUUCUGCCUCAUCUCCGGCGGCUCAUCUUUCAUGACGAAGAGGAUCACGCGACUAUCGUCAAAUAUCUGGAUGCACCAAAUCUCCAGGACUUGCUCUGUUUGGGAAGCUAAAGGGUUCAUCCUCUCUGUCGACUCACAUGCUGUGGUGCGAGCGAAUUGAUACUACCUCAUAUACCUCGAUAAAUCAAUAACAUUGCUCUUCCGUUUCUCCGGGUCUCCCUAAUUUCCUCCUUUCUGUCUCUAACGUGGAGAAAAUCGCUGACACCUGAUCAUGUGUUCAACCACGGCAAGGACCGGUUGAGUGAUCGAUCAAUGUGAAAACCCUUGCGGAAAAGUAGAGCUUGAUACAUCCAUUCCCAUUACAGAGCACGAGCUUUUGAACCUGAAUCACUGCAUUUAAUCAAUGUAUCCCUGACUUCUCCACGCUUCAAACGCAAUUGAACGUCUCUCGGGCCGCUUGGGAUUCCCGUCCAGGCGAUAUGCCCCAUCGAGUAUUUCGGUCGUCCCAUCCGGUUCCAGCGUAUCCCGG